GAUUUUCAAGUGUAAAAAUUUAAUGCUUACAUGUAGUCAUAAGGGCUAUGUAUAACAUUUUCUUUCUUUUUUUGGUUGCAAUUUGCUAAACACAAACCGCAAUUUGCAAAUUACAAAUAAAUAAAUAAAUAAAUAAAAAUAAAAAUGGAAAUAAAAGAUUAUUAAGUUGGAUUGUUGAUAUGGUGACUCAAGUGUGUGUUAAAUAGGGCCCGUAAUCUUGUACUCCGUAUAAAUAUUGGGUUGGGCUUCAAAUUUAUUUGAUCGAUUCAAAUUUCCCCGCCUUCUUCUUCCCCAAACCAAACAAACUACUUUCUCUCUCCUCUUUCUCUCUCCUCAUUCUCUGCUUUGAAGCUCGUCAACAAUGGAGGAAUCGUCGGAGCAAGCAAUCGUGCCUUUAUCGCAUCAAACGAAUUCUCUUCCUGAGCUCGAAUCUCACUUCUCCACCGUCCUUUACGAUCUUUCGCAGCAAGUACAAGGAGCAAUGGAAGAUCUGCUUAAGAUGAUCAAUGAAAUUGAUGGACACUCUGCGGAAGUAACUGAAGAAAUGGAAAGGUGCAGACAGUCUGCUCUUGAGAGGAGGAAGGCCAUUGAGGAAGAAAAGGAAUGUUUUCAGAAAGCUGCUUUUGCUGUUCUGGACGUGCUGAAUACCGGAGAGGGCAAGCAAGAUGAUCAGAUGUUCCUGGAAAAUGGUAGAGAGUACUGAAGAGAGUUCAUCUCAAGUAAAUACUUGCAGAAUUAUAUAAAUGUAGCAGUAAAUGUCUAAAUGAUCAGUGCAGUUGCUGAAGAUUCGAAAUUUUCAGGUUUGAUUAGAUCGUACUUGGCAUUUUUAUCCUUAAAAAGAUGCUAAAAUCCUACAAAUAAGUUUGUAUAAAAAUCACAAAGUACUCCGUAUAUGAUUUCUGGUUUGAUCUUUACUGCAUAUAUUACAAGUGUUGUAAUUUCUGCCAA